CUACGCUGAUACCUAAAUGCUCAGCUGGCUCUUCCUACAAAACCAUAUGCCGAAAGAUAGCAUGGCUGGCCCCUCUAAAUGUUAUGGAAUUUCGAAGAUCUACUAGUCAGCUAUUUAACUAGGGUAAAGCUCUAACGGAAAACUUUCGGUGCCCAAACAGUGACCACUGACCAGAGUGCAUUUCAGCCAUUGGAUCGCCAGUAGAUGGCCCAGAUCAACUGUGCACCGGCGAGUCCAUGAGGCAUUCGAUCUGAGAUGUCCGUUGCGAGAUACGAUGAGAUGAACGGACUUCAUCGCUUAUUCCUUCACGAAGCACUCUGUUAAGUUUCACCCACUCAAGUCAAAUGCAUGUGUGGGAGUCCAGUACUACACUUCCCUCUGAGCUCAGAGCUCAGACUCAGUGUCUUCUUCUAAGAUACACCUGAAAUAAGAAAGGUCAAAGGAUUUCAGGAGCACCACAUGCUUCUGUCUGUCUCUCUUCUCCUGUUGUCUGGUCUCUUGCUUCCCUUGUGUGCAGGGAAGGGAUGAAUUGGGGAGGUUUUUUUUUGCUCAAGCACUCAGGUGCAGUAGAUUAUGUUCAGAAGCCUCCACCUGAAGAACCAGAAUUAUAAUGCGGCUACCUGGCACUAAUUCAGAUUAAACUGAUCCUUCUGUGUUCCAUCAAGCACAAAUUCAGAAUAAAUCGAGCAGUGUUUGUGCUCCCGAAAAACAAAACAAACGGAAAAUAGUUUCAGAAAGCAUGAAGUUAGUAGCUUUCGGAUUAGUUUUAUUGGGGUGCCUCCAAUCUUUGGCAGCUCCUGACCGCCAAGUCAUAGCACUGCAUGAAAUAAGGAUGAUGCUCACCGACAGCCGCGGUGUUUUGAAAGACUGGAAUGAUAAUCAAGUUAGCCCCUGCUACCUUGCUAAUGUUAGAUGUGAUCAACACGGCGACGUUAUUGGAAUAACUUUGAGCUCGUCAGGAUUAAGUGGAGUCUUGUCGCCCAGCAUUGCAACGAUAACAACUUUACAGCAGCUGUUAUUGGACGGUAACAGCAUAACAGGAGGAAUUCCACAAGAGCUAGGGAACCUAUCAAAUUUAAUGACUCUAAAACUUGGAAGAAAUAAAUUAAAUGGCUCGAUACCUGAAUCUGUUGGACUUCUUUCAGAGCUCCAAAAUCUGGAUCUAAGCCAAAAUUUGUUGAUUGGCAACAUUCCAAGCUCUUUGUCAAAUCUUUCAUCAUUGAACAAUAUCAAUCUUGCAUAUAACAAUCUUAGCGGUGAAAUACCAGAACAGCUACUUCAGGUGUCCCAAUAUAACUAUACAGGCAAUCAUUUUAAUUGUGACCAGCACUUAACUUCAUGUGCGGGAGGCACUAAUAAGACAGCAACAGGUGGAUCAAGGAACUCCAGACUCAAGGUGAUUAUUGGAAGCAUUGGUGGAGCAGUCACACUGAUUGUGUUUGUAGUUCUAUUUCUGCUAUGGUGGCAAAGAAUGCGCCACCAUCCUGAAAUAUACAUUGAUGUUGCAGGUCAGCAUGACCACAGCCUAGAGUUUGGGCAGAUAAAGCGUUUCUCGUGGCGAGAACUCCAGAUUGCAACCAAUAAUUUCAGUGAGCUAAAUGUUCUUGGCAAGGGCGGUUUUGGUAAAGUGUACAUAGGAGUGCUUCCAGGUCCAGACGGUAAGAACGUUGCAGUCAAACGACUGUUUGAAGUGGGAAGCCCUGAAGGUGAAAUGGCUUUCCUCAGAGAAGUGGAAUUGAUAAGCAUUGCUGUGCAUAAGAACAUAUUAAGAUUAAUAGGGUUCUGCACAACGCCGACAGAGCGGCUCUUGGUAUACCCUUUCAUGGAGAACCUGAGUGUUGCUUCCCGUUUAAGAGAUAUAGAACUUAAUGAACAAACAUUAGAUUGGCCAACAAGAAUGAGAAUCGCACUUGGUGCUGCCCGUGGUUUGGAAUAUCUUCAUGAGCACUGCAACCCCAAAAUCAUCCACCGUGAUGUCAAGGCCGCCAAUGUCCUACUUGACGGGAAGUUUGAAGCAGUCAUAGGAGACUUUGGGCUGGCGAAGAUGAUGGACAUGGGGAGAAACACAGUGACAACGGGGGUCCGCGGGACAAUGGGCCACAUAGCUCCUGAGUACUUUAAGACGGGAAGGCCAUCAGUGAAGACAGACAUAUUUGGAUAUGGUGUCAUGUUAUUAGAGAUUGUGACAGGUGAGCGUGCAAUUUUCCCCGACUUCAUGGAAGGAGCUGGUGAGGUCAUGCUCAUUGAUCAAGUGAAAUUGAUGAUGCAAGAAGGGCGAUUGGAAGAAAUCAUAGACCGCAAUAUAAACUGUGGAUAUGACUCUCAAGAGCUAGUAAAAAUUAUCCAAGUAGCACUCCUCUGCACCCACAUUAACCCUGGUCAACGCCCUGCUAUGUCGGAAGUUGUGCAUAUGCUGGAAGGAAAUAUUGUGCUGAAAGAUCGGUGGGAGGAGUGGCAGCAAGCUGAGCUUACCCGCCGGAAGCAGUAUGAGAAUAACCAGCACCGCAAAUUAUUCAGCUUCAGUGAAGAAUCACUCAACAUCCAUGAAGCCGUUGAGCUAUCUGGUGGCAGAUGAGCUGCAAGAAUAUCUAAACAUAACAUGGUUUCACUUGCCUCUUCGUUAGAAAGAGGAAAUAUCAGAACUCAGAAAUGUUUUUGCAGAUAUUAUCUAUCAGGAAUACUCAAAAGAAUUGGGAAGAAAAUGCAAGCGGGUUUAUAGAAUCA